AAUACCUUAACCCAGUAUCAGGAAGUUCAGGAAGAUUUUCUCUGAUCUUCAACUCGGUUCAUCUGAAACGAGCAUCAAUGCUGAACCGGACCUCCUCGUCUCUCCUGGUUCUGAUUCUGUGUUCUGCUGCUCUGGGAAAAUCUCUGCCCACCGUGAAUGAAACUCUGGACGUCUACGAGGCCGAGGAGAACUCCAACAUCACGCUGAAAUGGAUCCGUCCGGAUCCGAACGCCACGCCGCCUGACCGGCUCUACGUCGAUCUGAUGAGCAUGGAGCCGCUGAGGAGGAUUUAUCGGUUCGACAGCAGAGAUGAGACGUUCACAGAUGAUGAGUUCAAAGGUCGACUGCACUGUGACCCCCAGCUGGUCAGGAAUGGAGGGAUCCGGUGUCUCCUGGCUGAAGUGAGGCUCAGCGAUGCGGGUCGGUACCGGUGCUACGUCGUCAUUGACGGAAGAAGAGACCAUAGAGACUGGGAGCUUGUAGUCAGAGCUUCCAUUCCUCAGACUCAGGAGGAAACCAAGAGCUGGUGGAUCGCGGGAGGUUUGGACUUUAUGUUGGUUUGGUUUGUUCCUGCUAGCAGCAGGACGACUCGCCCUCCACUCUGCUGCUGGUUCAGGUUUCAGAGGAGGCCUUAUGACCUUAUGACCUCCCCAAAGAUUGCCCCGUCUUCAGUCCCUAUUGGACUUGGAGCUCCAGAUUCUGUGUGUUUUAUGGUUUCCAGAAACUGA